AUGUCUGCUGCUGCAAUCUCAGUGAGAAGUAUAUGGGAUGCAAUUCGGUUAAAGAGACCCCUUGUAAUAUGGAAGAAAAUUAUCUGGUUUCCCCUCCAUAUAUCAAAACACGGCUUAAUUUCUUGGAUGGCUUUACUUGAUCGUCUCCCUACUAAAGAUAGACUUCUUCGUAUGGGGCUUAUCAAUGAUAGACUUCUUUGUAUGGGUCUUAUCAAUGAUUGCCAAUGCAUGUUUUGUGAUGAACCAUUAGAAAUUAGGGAUCACUUGUUCCUCAAUUGUCCUAUGGCUGACUACUUGUGGAACUCAAUCUUCUCUCUUUCUGGUCUUCGAUUCAGAACUCGUUCUUGGGAUUCUUUUUUGGCUUGGGCCUGCUCUUAUCGGAAAGGUAAAUCUUUGCUUACUUCCAUAAUGAAGCUUGCUCUUAAUGAUCUGAUUUACUUUAUUUGGGAAGAAAGGAAUAAGAAAUUGUUUCAAGGUCGAUCCAGAAAUGCGCCAGAUUUGCUUUGA